CAUAAGGAAAAGCUUCCACCUUGGUAACGUUUUAUUUGCUAACCUUGGGGAGAGGUUGGCUCCUUCUGAUGGUUAGCAUUUUAAGAAGUAAUUUAAAAGCUACUCGUCUUGGCAAGCAGAGGUUGUCAGGCACUGAAUGUGUGCCAUAAGUGACCUACAGCUAGCUUUCUAGCUCAGGAGCUCGCUAAAAGAGAGCUUCACAAGCUAGUAACGUACGUGCUAACGCUAGCCAACAGAAGAGACCGAAUCCGUAACAUUUAACGUUGGAGAGCUACAUUAAUCAAAUACAGCAGCUGAAAGGGAUACAUGUUAUCGUUGUAUUUACAGUACAUGUCACAAAGUAACUGCACAAACAAACCUGUAGAGACACUGAAGUGAAAUUACAGGCUCCAGACGAAGAUGAACACAUCCUUCCCAUGGUUUCCCAUGAACCUCACCUGGAGUGGGAGGGUGUUGUGAGAAAGGAAAGAGGAGGAAAGAAACCAGGGGGACUGUAAACAAGAGUCAUGAAUCUCCAUCAGGUCCUCACUGGGGCUGUCAACCCUGGAGACAAUUGUUUCUCUGUGGGCAGCGUCAACAAUGUGCCAUUCACGGCUUAUGCUUCAGGUUGUGACGUGGUGAUUUUAGGCAGUGACUUUGAGCGUCUGCAGAUCAUCCCAGGGGCCAAACAUGGCAACAUCCAGGUCGGCUGUGUCGACUGCUCUCUGCAGGGUGGACAGAUUGCAGCUUCCUAUGGAAGCAUUGUGUGUGUCUUUGAGCCUGUGCAGCACCCAGAUCAAAAAGACACAUCGCUGACUAAGUUGAACUGCCAAUGGCAGAAGACUGGUCAAUUUGUAUUGAAGUCUAUGGUACGGAACCUGGCCUGGCACCCCACAGGCAGCACUCUAUUAACAGGCUCUAGUAGCCUCCAGCUGUGGUCUAAUGCUGAUGGAGUGAAUGAUGAAGCUGAAGAAGUGGGAACGCAGAAAGAAAUGACCAUAAGAGACCAUCAUUCUGCCUGGAAGUGCAUCUGGGAGAGCAAGACGGCCUCACCAGUCAGCUUAAUGAAGUUCUCUCCUGAUGGGGAAUUCUUUGCUACUGCUGGACAGGAUGACUGCCUAGUAAAAGUCUGGUACGGCACCAGUAAGUGGAAGUUGGGUGUUUCCAGACUCUUCACACCUCCAGAGCCCAGUGUCAGUUUCCAGGGAGCGCUGGCCUUUUCCUUUGUCUACCUGGCCCAUCCCCGCUCUGUCACUGGCUUCUCUUGGAGAAAGACCAGCAAGUACAUGCCACGAGGUGCAGUGUGUAACGUUCUGCUCACCUGCUGUAAGGACAGCGUGUGUCGGCUCUGGGCAGAGACGCUGUUGUCGGGUGACAGCCUCCUUGCCGGUUACCAUAACAACCAUGCCUCUGGCCACCACAAUGACACACCCAGAUGUGCUGGCCCUACAUGGAAAAACACCUGCAAUGGGAAGUCGCAUGGAAAAACGUCACAGGAAUCCAAUUUUCAAGAAUCAUUGCACGCCUCCUUCCAUCGAGAUAUCCCCCAGCCCUCUCUGACUGGCUGCCUGCCUCACCAUCAGAGCCAACACUACAACCACAAGAGGAGCAGCAGCAGCAUGCCUCAUGCCAACGCUCUCUGCCACUUCCACAUUGCUGCCAGCAUCAACCCUGCUACAGACAUUCCUCUGCUGCCCUCCAUCUCCUCUCUGAGUGCCGUGGAUGAUGAGGAACCUGGAGGACUUUUUACUGUCCACUGGCUCAACAACAAAGAGCUUCAUUUCACUUUAGCGAUGGAAGUCUUCCUCCAGCAGCUCCGAGGCAGCCUGGAGCAACAGAACGAGUGCUCCCAUGAAGAGCCUGAAGAUGAGGAUAACUUUGAGGAAGAUGAUAAUGGUAGCAGGCCAAGUGACUCCCAAGGACCUGAAGCUGUGGAGCUUCCUCUGGAAGCAGUGAAGCACCAGGUGAACGUGCUGUUGGAGGAGUGGAAUAAAGGGGCAGACAUGUUGUUCAGUAUCCAUCCCAUGGACGGCUCUCUGUUAGUCUGGCACAUCGACUGGUUAGAUGAGUACCAGCCAGGCAUGUUCAGACAAGCUCAGGUGUCGUUUGUGUCCCGUAUCCCUGUAGCGUUCCCUACAGGUGAUGCAAUCUCCUUAAGCCACAGUGUGGUUAUGUAUGCCUGCAACAAGAACGUAGAUCUGGCUAUCCAACAUGGCAGACAGCGACCACCUGGGAGCACAUUGCCUCAAACCAAAUCUGCUCUAAUAAGCUACGGAGGUCAAGGAAAGACUGCACCCAGCAGUAGUCUUCGACUAAGCAUUUUCACCCCCAACGUCCUUAUGAUCUCCAAGCAUGCUGAUGGCUCCCUGAACCAGUGGGCCGUCAGCUUUGCGGAGGACUCUGCUUUCUCCACUGUGCUCAGCGUCUCUCACAAGUCACGGUACUGUGGCCACCGCUUCCACCUCAAUGACCUGGCCUGUCACUCAUUACUCCCUCUCCUCCUCACCACCUCACACCACAACGCCCUGAGGACGCCAGAUGCAGACAGUAUCCUGGCUCCUCCGGACGCCUACUCCUCUGGUUUCUCUCAUCCUGCCUCUCUGCCCCGAGGCUCACGGCCCAGCCGGUCAUCUCUAGGUGUAGUUUCCCAGGAUCCAAAUGCAAUCUACAGUGAGCUGAUUUUAUGGAGAGUGGACCCUGUCGGCCCGUUGUCUUUGUCAGGCGGAGUCUCCGAGCUAGCUCGGAUCAAUUCUCUCCAUGCAUCAGCGUUUGCUAAUGUAGCCUGGCUGCCCACGUUCAUUCCUAGCAGCUGUUUAGGUGUGUACUGCAACUCUCCCAGCGCCUGCUUUGUGGCAAGUGACGGCCACUCACUCAGGCUAUAUCAGGCUGUUAUUGAAGCUAAGAAACUCCUGAGUGAGCUCUCCAAUCCUGAUAUAUCAAAAUAUGUUGGGGAGGUGUUCAAUAUCAUCAGUCAGCAAUCCACAGCAAAGCCAGGGUGUAUUAUAGAGCUGGAUGCCAUUACUGACUUUCAGGGGAAGGAGACCCAGCUCCUACAUGUUUUUGAGGAGGAUCUGAUCCUCGGCAGUGAGAGAACGGAAAGCACACAGCAAACUCCUGAUUCUCCUCACAGUGCCUCGAGCAAGACAGCCUUCUCUGCACGGUUUUUCCUUGUUGUGGUGGAAUUGACACUGACGGGUCGCUCGAUUCUCCACAUGUGGCAUCUCCAACUUACUGCGCGACCCAUCACCAUGGAAGAGACCAGGACGGAGAAGGAUGCCACCUCAGCUUCUCCUUCGAACAGCUCUACGUUUAGCUUUGACACGUUCGUUUCUCCAGUAACUCAGAAGAGUAAACCCUGCACUUCCAAUCUGCAGAGUGCCUGUCGCCUCAGCCUCACAACACACAUGCUAUACAGCCAGGAGAUGGCUCUGCCAGAAGGGGUGGAAGCCAUCAGUGUUACACCUUCAGCAGGUCACCUGAGCGCGUCAUGUUCUCUGCCAGCUGAUCGUGUGCCUUACCUCCUUGCUACUUCCUGUUCUGAUGGAAAGGUGCGCUUCUGGAGGUGUAAUGUCAUCGCGACAGAGCCUUCUAGUUUGGACAACUUGAUGUACCAGUGGGAGGAGUGGCCUCUGCUGGUGGAGGAGAGGCUUCCAAACAGCAGCGCAGUAAGCGUGCAAGGUCAUCCCAUAGAGGUCAGCUGCUGUCACUCUGGACGGAUUGCAGUUGCCUACAGGCAGAUACCAAACACACCUCUGAGCUUAACACCUUAUCUGAACAUUCACGGACUGUUGACUUCUCCUCCCACUCUAGCUUCUUCCCCUUAUGUGCUCAACAACAAUAACACCCACCUGACCCCAACUGUGACUGUACAAUGCAGCCCAAAUCUCACUCCAAGCCCCAACCAAGCAAACACUAAAGAGCCAUUGGUCCACAUUGGCAUCUUCCAGUGUGAGUCCACUGGUGGUUCACAGUGGAUUCUAGAGCAGACAAUAGUCCUGGACAGCACAGAUCCCACAACUGGAAAUGCCAAUAUUCUAGGUAACAUGGACAUGCCUAUACCUAACGAGGACUGUCCUGGCUCUACUAGUAAGAGCCUGGUUCAUUUGGACUGGGUCUCCCAAGAAGAUGGGUCACAUGUUCUCACUGUUGGUAUUGGGACAAAGAUUUAUAUGUAUGGUCGUCUCGCUGGGAAGCCUCCAGAACUGGGUUUGUCAUCUGAUGCCAGUCGAGACCAAAGCUUGUCUCGCCUGGUUCUGCUUCGUUCAGUCAACCUUGUCUCCUCUGUUGAAGGCUCAUUACCCAUUCCAGUCUCCCUCUCCUGGGUAAGAGACGGCAUCCUGGUAGUGGGCAUGGACUGUGAGAUGCACGUCUAUUCCCAGUGGCAGCCCCCAGCACCAUUCAAACCAAAUGUCCCGAUUGCCCAAGACACAGACCUCAGCAGCAGCGUCUCUUCCAUAAUCUCAGCUAUCAGACAGAGCCAGGAGGAGGGUCUCAGCUCAGGGGCCCCCAUGUCUUCACUGGCCCCUCCCAAAAGGGCUCUGACGAGAUCGAUGAUGAGCCUGGCUCAGAAACUCAGUGGGAAGAGAACCGCUUAUGACCUGCCUGUCGAGAUGGAAGAUUCUGGGCUUUUUGAAGCAGCUCACCAACUGUUUCCCACUCUGCCCCAGUACCAUCCUGUACAGUUACUGGAGCUCAUGGAUCUCGGGAAGGUUCACCGUGCCAAAGCCAUCCUCUCUCACCUGGUGAAAUGCAUUGCUGGAGAAAUUGUGGCACUUAAAGACAGUACCACCAAUCCUGAGAAACGUGUGCGCUCUCGAACCAUCAGCGCCGGAGGCAGCACAGCCAGAGACCGGAAGAUGUUCAGCAAAGCAGAGAACUCCACCGCGGACUACACCGAGAUAAGCUCCAUCCCUCCCCUGCCUCUGUACGCCCUUCUGGCAGCCGAUGGCGAAGAUACAUCACCAAAACCUGAUAAAGUGGGCAGUGUGAGUGGAGAUAGUGGGCAUGGGUCCAGUCACGCUGAUGUUUAUGAUGAGCUCUUUCAUACACCCAGCAUUGUGGACCUGGACCCUCUGGACGACGAUCAAGAGGAAACGGGGAACAAGGUUAUUGACCUGGCCCAGUACAGUCCGACAUUCUUUGGUCCAGAGCAUGCUCAGGUUCUGUCCAGCCACCUCCUACAUUCCAGUUUGCCGGGCUUAACCCGUAUGGAGCAGAUGUCUCUCAUGGCGCUGGCCGACACCAUCGCUACCACAAGCACAGACCUCAAGGACAGUCAGGGCAACAGCAAAGGUGGCGAGACACUGGAUGAGUGCGGUCUGAAGUUCUUGCUUGCUGUCAGACUCCACACCUUCCUCUCCACCUCCCUGCCUCCAGCACACCGAGCACAGCUGCUUCGGCAAGGCCUGUCAACAUGUCAUUAUGCCUGGGCCUUCCACUCUGAGGCUGAGGAGGAGCUGCUGAACAUGCUGCCUGCCCUUCAGAAGGGAGAGCCCACCUGGCCUGAGCUGCGCUCCAUGGGCGUGGGCUGGUGGCUGCGCAGCACCAACAAGCUACGCAGGUGUAUUGAGAAGGUUGCCAAGACUACUUUACAGAAAAACAACGAUCCUCUGGAUGCAGCUAUAUUUUACCUCGCACUGAAGAAGAAGGCAGUUGUCUGGGGAUUGUACAGAUCUCAGAGGAAUGCCAAAAUGACAGAGUUUUUCCGAAACAACUUCAGCGAGGACCGGUGGAGGAAAGCAGCUCUGAAAAAUGCAUUUUCUUUGUUGGGAAAGCAGCGGUUCCAGCAUUCUGCUGCGUUUUUCCUUCUAGCCGGCUCCCUUAAGGAUGCUGUGGAGGUGUGUAUAGAGAAAAUGCAGGACCUUCAGCUUGCCCUGGUGAUUUCCAGAUUGUAUGAGUCCGAGUUUGAGACGGCGUCCACCUACAAAAAGAUCCUCCAGAGACAUGUUCUGGGACAAGACAAACAGAUUCCAGCCCACCAGGACCCGUUCCUGCGUAGCAUGGCUCACUGGGUCCUGGAGGACUACAGCCGAGCCUUGGACACUCUACUCGAUCAGCCUGCGAACAGCACCAGCUCUGGGUCCAGUGCGAGAAGAUGUGACAUUGGGUCCUCUUCAGUGUCUACAUGUAACCCUGAGGUUUUCAACUUUUACACCUACCUUCGAACCCACCCACUCCUCCUUCGCCGCCAUUUUGCCUCCUCAGACAAAGCUAAGGUUGGACUGACCGCUGAGGGUCGCAGGGCUGACUCCAUUAGCCUGGAGGAGAGGAGACUGUUUUUCACAGCUGCAUAUGCACACCUGCAAGCUGGCUGCCCCAUGCUAGCACUUGAAGUCCUCUCCAAGAUGCCCAAAGUCCGCAAGCAUUCCAAACUCCCCAACCAGGAGGAUGCAUGCAUCGCUGCUGAACUCAGUGUUGGGAGCAAAAAGGGCCAAACUUCGGACCACGAUUGGUCUCAGCCGGCUCUAAACGGCUACGAGUCAGACAGAAACAGUUUGUCCAACAGCCAGUCAGAUUCAGUGUUAAGUUUUGACUGGAGCCAGCCAUCACUGACUCAUCCAGAUGAGCCCCUGGGGCUGAAAUGGGACAGUGACAAAGAUGAUGAUGAUGAUGAUGGGGAUGAAGAAGAAACUAAAAAUGGUACGAACAGCAUAACUGAAGACGGCAGCAGUGUGUUCCAGGACACGCAGGAUGCCAUGACGGCGCUAACGGAGACUGUGACUAGAGAAGAGAGUGAGGACUGCAAUGACUUCCUCGCUCCAUCUAAUGACAUCUUGGCGGCACAUCUGAAGUUCACUGCCUGCCUAAAGAUUAUGACCAAUGAGCUCCGGACGCUGUCGACGGGGUAUGAACUGGAUGGAGGGAAGCUACGAUGCCAGCUCUACCAGUGGUUGGAGAGGGAGGUGGUGGCUCUCCAGCGUUGCUGCAGCUACAAGCCCUGCUUGCCAGAGCUGUCUAUCCAGGGUGAAGCCCCGGUUUCUGGGUUGAUGGAGGAGGAACAGCCCGGGAGUCCUCGUGGUGACAGCCAGAGAAGCAGGAGACACUGGCUGCAGAGUAACCAGCCCUUACUGAGGAUGUUUCUGAGCUACUGCAGCUUGCAUGGCUCCCACGGUGGAGGACUGGCCUCUGUGCGCAUGGAGCUCAUUUUAUUGCUUCAAGAGUCUCACCAGGAUGACUCCAUCCAGUCAGCGGUGAUGCCGUGUUGUCAGCCAACCUCUAUACCUCUUCUGAUGGCUUGCACCGCUAACGUAAAGACGGUGGUGGCCAAUCCCAUCGUCUAUCUGACCAACCUGGCUCAUGACAUCUUGCAGACCAUCAAUUCACUCGACUCUCCUCCACAUCCCGAUGUUGUAAACAAUGAGAUCUAUGUGAUGCACACAUUGGCUGCCUCCCUGUCAGCCUGUAUAUAUCAGUGUCUGUGUGAUGGACACACCCACAGCCAUGUGAACCACUUCACAGGAAUCGUGUAUCAGAGUGUUUUGCUGUCUCAGAAGCAGCCUGUCAGAGCUGUCAGCAUGGACGAGUCUGUUCAGCCCAAUACUCCCCCUGCGCAGUGGCCAGGUAUCGCCUCUCUGAUUCGCCUGUUGAGCUCAGCAGGCGAGGAGAGCCAGCCAGGCUUAGCUGUGCUGCUCUGUGAGAUCCUGACUGCUGUCUUUCUCAGUCUAUUUGUUCACGGCAUGGCCACUCACUCCAGCAACGAGCUGUUUCGCAUCGUGGCCCACCCUCUCAACAGCGAGCUUUGGGUGACUGUGUUCGGAGGAGGCGCCCGGACCCCUGUCGUAAAGAAAACCACCAGCCCAACAAGAACACCCCCACCAGCCUCACCAAGCGGCUCCGACAAGAAGUCCAGACGAUUCAGGCUUCUGUCAUCACGCAGUGGAUCCAAGGACGAGUCUGGGAUAGAGCGGGACAGCCAAUCCAGUCCCAAGCAUGGUCCUGUAGUGGAACAAGAAGCUACUUCCAUCUUUAAAGAACGAUUUGUCCCUCCAGAGCUCAGCAUUUGGGAUUACUUGAUCACCAAGCCUUCGCUGCCACAAUCAGGAAACAGAAUUGACUAUGACUCAGAGGAGAGCCAGGGCAGUCAAGAUGAAGAGGAAGAUGAUGAUCAAUAUGAAGAUGUGUUUGACCCCAGCUCUCCGCAAAGAGAGCAUUCCAACCACAAUUCAUACAGUUGGUGUUUGAUGCGUCUGGCAAUGGUUCAGCUGGUGUUGGUCAACCUCAAGUCCUUUUACCCAAUGGCAGGAUAUGAUCUAUUAGAUCUGCCUGUGGGCUCUCCUUUGUGUCACGCUGUGCUGAAGACGCUGCAGCGCUGGGAGCAGGUGCUGCAGAAAAGGCUGGAGAUCUUCGGGGGGCCCCCUUCCAAGUACAUCACCACCCCUCUCCAGGAUGAAACGACCACACCCGGCCCCGCUCUGCUCAGACACAAGGCCCUGUUUGAACCAUCCAACACCCCGUUCAGGACCAGCCACCAUUCAGCGCUGCCAGUGAAGCGUCUGUGGCAGUUUCUGGUCAAGCAGGAAGAAGUUCAGGAGACUUUCAUUAGAAACAUCUUUACCAAGAAACGGGACCCAAAUGAGUCGGGUGAGGACCAGACUGACAAUAUGAAAUGUUCAGGGAUGGAGGAGACAGGAAACAAUCAGACUGAGUCAGAUCUGAGCUCCCCCGGAGGAAAAGCACGCAUCAUCCACAAGGAAUCUGACAUCAUCACAGCCUUUGCCAUUAACAAGGCAAAUCGUAAUUGUUUAGUCAUGGCCUCCACCCAUGAUAUUCAGGAGUUGGAUGUUUCAUCCAUCUUGGCCACACAGAUCUUGACAUGGAUCGAUGACGAUGACGCCGAGGCCAAAGGUAGUGUUGGUGGCGAUGACUUCCUGGUGGUCCAUGCACGCGACGACUUUGCCGCCAUCCACGGCACCACACCGUACACUCACAGUAGCCCCGGCACACCCAUCAACAUGCCGUGGCUGGGAGGAGUGCAGACAGGCCGGGGUGCAGCCGUGAUGAUCAAGAGAAAUAUCAACAAUGUGAGAAGAAUGACCUCCCAUCCCACACUGCCUUACUACCUGACAGGAGCUCAGGACGGCAGCGUCAGGAUGUUCGAGUGGGGUCACUCCCAGCAGAUCAUCUGCUUCAGAAGUCCAGGCAACUCCAGAGUCACCAGGAUACGAUUCAACCACCAGGGAAACAAGUUCGGUAUCGUCGAUGCUGAUGGAGGCUUGAGUCUGUGGCAGACAAACACGAGUGGCAAUGCACCUAAACCAUACCUGACGUUGCAGUGCCACAACAAGACGGCUCACGACUUUGUCUUUGUGGGCUCCUCCUCCCUCAUUGCCACUGCAGGUCUUUCAACAGACAACAGGAACGUGUGUCUGUGGGACACUCUGGUGACUCCUGCAAACAGCCUUGUACAUUCGUUCUGCUGCCAUGAGUCCGGAGCCACCGUGCUCUUGAUGGCCUCCAGGCAGCAGCUGCUUAUCACAGGUGGGAGGAAGGGCUGGAUCAGCAUCCUGGAGCUCGCCCACAGGCACCAGCGUCAGAGCUUCCUGGCUCACGACUCGCCGGUCAAAGCACUGGCUGUCGAUCCGACUGAGGACUGCUUCAUCAGUGGAUCAGCUGAGGGCAACAUUAAGAUCUGGAGCCUGGCCACCCAGUGUCCGCUCUACACCUUUCCCAACGAACACGCUCGCCAGUCGCUGUUCAGGAACCUCGGCACGGGCGUCAUGCAGAUCGAGGUGGGACCGUCCAAUCACAUCUUCUCCUGCGGCGCCGACGGAACCAUGAAGAUGAGGAUCCUCCCCAACCGCUUCAGCGUGGUCAAUAGCAACAACAACCACAACAACGACGUCAAGUUCAUCAUAUAGACAAAUACAGAAAAGUACGGUGGUUGAAGCAAUUUAAUUAAAUAUUGUGAAGUUGGCAGCACUGCUGCUGUGGAAAUCCCUUUACACCUGGAACAGUGUUCGUCCUGCCGUGACAGAACAAUGACGUCAAGUGAAGCCUCUACCGGUGUUUUAAAACUGUGGUGGAAGUUAAAGUGGACACAGGGUAACGACCGAGCGCACAGUCCAUUGGAAUAAACUGAGAGACAAAAACCCAGCUGCAGAUUCUCAGCGAGGACUGAACAGCACGUGGAGAGCCUUUCUUUGCACAUUAAGUGAAGCUGCAGGAGACGGUGAAGAGUGAAGCUACAGCAUUGUUCUUAGUACAGUAUCACCGUAUCUAUUAGUUUGUAUUAGUAAAGCAUCACGAUGGUGGGAGCUGGAAUCACUGCUGAACAGUAGACUGUAUGCAGUGUGUCGUACAGGCACGCUAACUGAUCCCUUUAGGGGUUAAACGUCACCACAACGCUGUUGAACCCGCUCGGCACAAUGCAGUAAGUGUUCAUCCUACAAAGCACAUUAUAUCCAGCCACAAGGAUUCCCGGCGCAUUUUGGUGCUCCAUAUAAUUUUUUUUAACACAAAUGAGCCAGCUUGGUUAGAAAAGCAGGUGUUUGUCACGAUCAAACCACACUUUAGGAAUUACACAAUGUCAAUUUCAUAUCACUUCAUAUUUUAAUUUUUAGGCGUUUUGCUGACGCCCUUUUCCAGACAGGAAACUGCUUUUAUAAAGUUGGAAAGAAUAAACGCGUAUCUCUUGAGACACUGACUAUGCAAACGCACUUUCUGCCGGAAAGGUUAGAGAAGAUGGACAUCUCUCUCCACUCACUUAGCCUCUUAAAUGUUUGACUACAGCCGUCAGGUGGGUAGCUACAGUCUUUGAACCAAGCUAACCAUCUUAGCUCAAAGAAGCUUCUGUAUUUGUUUGAAUUAAAGAAACAAGACGUAACAAGUUUUAGAAGAUUUGGCCACCAGUGGUCCGAGCCAGGCUAGCAGUUUCCUCGUUUCCAGUCUAAGCUAAGGUGACCGGCUGCUCGCUUCACAUUUAACAGGCAGCAAUGAGAGCGGUGUCGAUCUUCUCAUCUAGCGUUAACUCUCCGCCAGAAAGCGAAGAAGCAUAUUUUCCAAAAUGUUGAAAUAUUCCUUUAAUCGAGCGAGUAGAAAUAUGUGACACGAGUUUACAUGUGUGCCCGCUUCCCAACGUUUUCCUAAUUUCCAUUGACUACCUGAAUGCGCCAUUUCUCAAGUUAAUCUAUUUGCACAUAAACAUGAAGCUAUAUUAUAUGUGGUGUGAUGCAUAUAACUACACGAGGCUGGAUGUCAGUAAAGCAGUCCAAGCCUUUGGUAAUAAAGUUAAUAAAUAGUACGAUGUUAGUUUAUCCCGGCCUAGAUUAAACCAGUGGUAUUAUUAAGUGUCCUUAAUCUUUUAAAACAACUUCUACCAUGCUGGCAUAGUACUGUUGGUCCUCAUAAUGUUGAUUAUUAUUGAUAUUAAGUUGCACAAAGUAGCUUUAAUUUAACAAGGCCCUCGUUGGUAUGGGACACCAUGAAUAAUACCUUUUCUGGCUGCGUUUUAGUUUGAGAAGAUGUAGCAGGAGAUGUUGCUGGUAGCACUGGGUAGUGGUUGGGCUGGUGCAGUUAAACAAGUUUUAAUGAAUAUGCUAUUUUGUUGUGGAAAUGUUUUAUUCCCAAAACGAUGCACUUCCCUUUCAUCAACUGCAAACUUUAAUUUUCAAUACGGACCAUGACUGAAAGCAGCCUUGUAAACAAUAGUGUUUCCCUCGUAGUAAUCUGCAGUGUAUUGGCAGCUUUGCUUUAUCUGGCGCGGUUGUCACGAUUAUAGGAAUUCCUUUAUGAUUCAGUUGCUUUAUACUUCAUCCCUAUUCAGCACAAUGCUUUCAGUACAUGCUUUGGGAAAUGUAAUCUAGGUUAGUGUGCAAUAUGAUGCGUCUCCCACAUAAAUAAGGAAGAAUUUCAUGCAAACUGUCCUGUAGCCGUUUAGUUGGAAGGAAUAUUAUCCAUUAAGCUAUCUACCCAUAGAACCUUGUUGUGCUGCUGUAGUAAAAACAAAUGUACAUUAGCUUUGAUUUCAGGGAGGAUAAACUGAGGAAAACCUUUACGAUGAAGCAGAUUUAUUAGUUGUGUGUAUAUAUACAUAGAUCCAUAUACUCGGCUUUCAUAAUGUCUGCAUAAUCAUAACGACGAGUCGUAGAUGUGACAAAAGCCACUUUAUGAAGAGUAUUCUGUAAGAAAUACAGGUAUAUUUAUGAAAUAUUCAUGUUCAUAUUUAGGAUUAUAGACUGAGCGAUCAAAAGGCAAAUGUAAUGUUAUUUCCUGCUUCUUUUGUUUUGCUUUUAUUUGCUCCAUUUCCUGAUGUGGACCACAUUGUGAUUCUGUUUUUUCACACAAAUUAAAGUGGUUGGAAACUGAUGUGUACUCAUGUGGCAACUGGAGAUUAAAUAUUUUUUAUCAAAGCCAAGCUGUAUGUACUCCGACAGAAACUGGAGAAUAAAAUUGGUUUUAUCAAAGCAAGCUAAGCACUUUUUCUGUCCCCUUAAUACUUCUUAUUUUCCUUUUCAAAAACUCCUCACAAACUGCAUCAGUUUAACGACAUCAGGGUGCAGCUGGUGCGUGAGCAGAUUCAACAAACUCACUCGGCUACAAAUCAAAUAUCACUUUAAACUCUCUUAUUCCUUUUCCCCUCCUCAAUCUUGCAAAUGUGAAUUUGAUCAGAUAAUUCUAAUUUUAUAAUGACUAUGUCGUGUAAAUCAGUGUAUUAUAUUCAGAAACUGUACCGAUGUAAAUAAAUAAUAUAACGUGA